AGCAAAAUGGACGCCUUUGUGUCUGUUUUCUUCAUAUUCACAUAAUAAAUACAAUUAAAAAAAUAACGUUCAUCUUGGUAAACAAAUGUGUGAAUGUACAAUUAAUUGAAUUUAUGAUAUAAUAAAUAUUUGAGUGGCAAGGUACAUCAUGGAUCGGUUAUUGCUGGACCCAAGGGCAUCGUCAAAAUUUGGCUGAGAAUGGUACGAGCUGCACCAUGGGAACUUGAGAAAGAGACUCGUUAAGUUCCUUUGAUAAUUGACGUAAUAGAUAAACAAAACUUGCGAGUGAUAGUGCGGAUAAACACUGAAGUGUGGGAAAAGAGUAAAUUUAACAUCAUUGUGGUUAAAUAUAUCCGACAAACGUAUGGAAAGUCAACGGGUUGUGAAAAUGUUAAUCUAUCGUUGGUUAAUAUGUGAAUGCAGGAUUUCGGAUGGAACUGCACUGACAAAGGACCACUGCGUGCUGUGAAAGCUCCACUAUCAAGAUAGAGGUGGAAUGCCAGAGCUAAUAAAACCCAAAAUGAAUGGGGUUAUACCGAGUGUUCCAAUCACUACCCUCGCUGGUAUAGCGAGUCUAACAGACUUGUUGCCGGAAAUGCCCCUACCAACACCCCUGCCCCAAACACUAACAAACAAGUCACUGCUAUUUCACCCACGUGUCGCCGAAGAGGCCCACCUCCUGCUGAGCAAUCGCGACGAGACGCUGGUGCCUCAGCUGAUAUCAUCACUAUCCCAAACCUCAUCAGACAACAUCGAAUUGAAGGAUCAUCACCCAAAGAAUGAUCAGACAACGCAUGAGACUGAACAGAAUGCCCCAGAGCUGCUGAAGGCAAUCCUGCAGAUAAAUCCCCAUGUAUUUAAAGGCCCCCAGUACAAUUCACCCCGCAAUUGGUCCCAGGGUGGAUCCCUGAUGCACUCGAGCCAGUCACCCGCCAACUAUGGAAGAUUCUCACCGUCAUAUUCAAAUUCAUCAGGCUCACGACAAACACCACAGGGUAGUCCAGCUCAUCCAGCAGCAGCGCGCACUGCCUUACCACCACCUGGGACAUCCCACGCCCAGCAUCCACGAAUGCCACUGACACCGCAGAAUCACGCUGAUGUAUCCCAAAUGUCACCGUUUGCUGUGCCUUCGCCAUCACCACGUGCCACUGUCAUCACUGAACAGUCGAGAACAACUCCCCAACACAUGCAGGAGGAAGCCAACUGCAUUAAUCAAUUAAAUAUGAAUCAACAUCACCAGAACAUCUAUUCACCGGCGCAUAUGGGCUCGCAAAGUCCUAUGAUGCAAGUUGGGAAUAUGCAGCAAGGCCAACAGCAUGCCCAGCCCCAUCAGCCUCAUCAGCCCCAUCAGCCCCAUCAGCCUCAUCAUCAUCAUCAGCAGCAUCAGCAGCACCAGCACCACCUUCAACAACAACAGCAGCAGCAGCCCCACCAUCAGCACCACCACCACCAUCACCACCACCAGCCGCAUCAACAACAUCAACAGCAUCAUCAUCAUAACAUGGCCAAUAUCACUCCCCAACAUACGAUGCACAUGACGUCUCCAAUGCACACAGCCUCACCGAUCCACAUAGCAUCUCCCAUGCAUACGACAUCACCAAUGCAUACUGUCUCUCCAAUGCACACAGUAUCUCCGAUGCACACAGCGUCCUCGAUGCAAACAGCAUCUCCCAUGCAGACAGCAUCUCCCAUGCAAACGGCAUCUCCCAUGCAGACGACAUCUCCCAUGCAGACAGCAUCUCCCAUGCAGACGGCAUCUCCAAUGCAGACAGCAUCUCCCAUGCAGACGACCUCUCCAAUGCAUCCGGCAAUUGGCCAAAUGAAUGUCAACUUGAACUUGCAGCCGACAAUGUUCGAUCCAAUAAUUAAUCAACAGCUGCAUCACCCCCUGGAGACAAAUCAAACGCUGGAUCUGGGCCACAGUGUCCCAGACAACUCACAAUUCCUUCUGGAUCACGUGUCUGCUCUCCCUGACAUCGACAUACCCAUUGAUGCCAUCGAUCCUAAACCCCUGCAUCAUCAGUCGAUCGAUAAUAAUCCACCAUCCUACCCCAGUCUCACCCCCGAGAGUGUUGCAAACACUCUCAACGCUGCUCUUGACAUUGAAAUACAACCGGAGCCACAGAUACCCCUAGCAGUAGACCCUCAGAAUCAUGAGGUACCUGACAACACAGCGAAAGACGUCAGACUGUCUGGACAAUACCCUGACAUGAAAUUCAAGGAGCCAGUCGUCAUGCUGAGCAGGUUACCACUCUCUGAUCAAGCCUUAAUGUCUCAAAAUAUGACCUCGUACACUGAUAAAUCACUUGAUCGUGCCUGUAAAAAUCAAACCGCCAAUCAAACAUUGAAAUCAGAGUCUGAAAGUGAGGAGGAUGAUAACAAAUCGUUCAAGGUGCGUGGGAAGAAGAAGAAGGACGAAAGAAUGCGAAAAAGAAGAAAACUUCUGGACGACGACGAGGAUGAGGAGGAAGAGGUGAAGGAAGGCUCAUUAUCUCCAAAGAAACCAAAAAUACGAAAGAUCGAGAAGAAACUCGUACCAGUGCUUGCUAAAUUGAGUGUCGAUGAAUUGAUGGAGACCAACACCUACCAGAGAUUUAAUUCAACAAUUGAUAUUAUCUUUGAGAAUGCUGAGGAUUCGACGUUGAUUGACGUGGAUGACGACGGUGAUGUCCCCCAGGAAAUGCUGAUCUCCAAGUAUCAUCUGCAAGAGCUCUCGAGAGAGGCAGCGAAAUUGAAAUCGCUGAGGGCAAUGGAGUCGAUACCAUCGGACAGACUCGUGAGAUUACUGAACAUUCUUGAGAAGAACAUACGAGACGGUGCUAGGGUAUCGCCUCUCGCUGAUCCAGACGACGACGUUGAGGAGAGCAAACUGUGGAUGCAGUUGGCCAUGGAAAGGGUUCAACGGGCUGUCGACGCCUCCCUGAUAGCCCUCAACAUAAUGACAUCCCAAAACAUGAAGAAAACAAUUUAUCUGGAGGAUGUGAUCGAUCGAAUAGUUUUGUUUAUGAAGUUUCAGCUUCAAAACACAAUUUAUCCGUCUUUCGAUCCAGUUUAUAGGAUAGAUAACAAGAAACAUAAGACUGAUAGUUUCAAUUCUGCAGGGCGAAAGAAACGGGGUAAUGCGAAGGAGGUUCGAGAGAAAAGCAUACUCGAAGUUUACAACAAAAUGCAUGAGUUGGUCUCACUUCUUGCUGAAUUACUGAACAUUCAGAUGUUGACAGACACGACAGUUCUUCAUGCAUCGACACUGGGUGUUGCGCCAUUCUUCGUGGAAUCAGUCAGUGAUUUACAGCUGAGUGCCCUCAAACUUGUCACUGUAAUCUUCACCAAGUACGAGAAGCACAGACGAUUACUGCUGGAUGAUAUUCUAGCUUCGAUCGCAAGAUUGCCAAGCAGCAAGAGGAGUUUACGAACGUACAGGCUAAGCUCUGAAGAGCACAUACAGAUGCUAACAGCCCUCAUGCUUCAAUUAAUUCAAUGUGUCGUGACAAUACCUGACAGUGUGCUGAAGGCCGAGCGAUCGAGUAGAGUUGACGACGACAGAAGAGACGACAAGAAGCAAGUGCAAGUUGACUUCGACGUGCUGAUAAUAACACGUUACGACACUGCAACGAGAAUCGCCGGCAACUUUCUCUCAGUUUUUCUCCAGAAGUGCAGCAGUAAAGGCACUGACGUCGACUACCGGCCACUCUUCGAGAAUUUCGUGCAAGAUCUGUUGGCAACGGUGAACAAGCCCGAGUGGCCAGCAGCUGAGCUCCUCCUGAGUCUCCUGGGGAACCUCCUCGUCGGACAUUUUUCGAAUAAAGGAUCAGACAUGUCCCUGAGAGUGGCGUCUAUCGAGUAUCUUGGAGUUGUUGCAGCGAGAUUACGAAAGGAUGCUGUCAAUUCCCAAUGCAAAUUGUCGACAAUUGAUCAGAUAAUUCACGACAUCAAGGCUGAACAGCAGAAAGAUUCAGAUUACGAGCAAGUGGCGAAUAUCGCAGGUCUCUCUGAGGAUGAGGAGCGCACGAUGUUUCUUCAGAGAGUUCUCCUGGAUUACCUCGCGGUCAAUGGGAUUAAGGAUUCACCACUGGCCUACGCAAGGCACUUCUACCUCGCCCAGUGGUAUCGUGACUACACUCAAGAGAAAUCUCGAGUUGGUCAGUCGAAGAACACUCCAGUGAAGAAAUCUCCUAGCAAGAAAAAAUCCAAAAGGAGAAAUAAGCACAUUGAAAGCGACGAAGAUGAGCCCUCAGAGCCUGAGGAGCCCGAUCCCGACGAAAACGACAAUAAUGAGCAGAAGUACUCGGAAGUUUAUCGGACAAUAGAGGGAAAGAAGAAGUUUAUCGUCAGCUCGAUCCGUCCCUGCAGCUCUAGCACCACAAAGCCAGAUAUUCUGCAGACGUACAUUGACUACAAUUCCGCUGAAUUGAUAUCUCAGUAUUUGGCGUCGAAGAGACCCUUCUCCCAGAGUUUCGAUAAAUACCUGAUGCAGAUACUUCAAGUAUUGACUGAAUCAUCGAUUGCAAUCAGAACGAAGGCGAUGAAGUGUCUGACUAUGAUUGUCGAGGCUGAUCCAUCGGUUCUGGCGAGAUCCGACAUGCAGAGGGGCGUCAACUACUCGUUCUUAGAUCACUCGACAUCUGUUCGUGAAGCUGCUGUCGAUCUUGUCGGUAAAUUCGUGCUCAGCAGACCUGAACUAAUCGACAAGUACUACGACAUGCUGUUAGCGAGGAUCUUGGACACUGGUGUCAGUGUCCGUAAAAGGGUAAUUAAAAUACUAAAGGACAUCUGCAUCGAGUGCCCAGACUUCUCCAAGAUCCCCGAGAUCUGCGGCAAGAUGAUCAGACGAGUUAACGACGAGGAGGGAAUACGUAAACUCGUUAUGGAGGUGUUCCAGAACAUGUGGUUCACACCAGUGAGAGAGAAACCAGUGCUUGACACACCUGCUCUGCUGCGUAAAGUCAUGAACAUCACUGAUGUUGUUGCCACGAAUAAGGACAUUGGCUUAGAGUGGUUUGAGCAACUGCUGGUUAGUUUGUUUAAACCCAAGGAGGACAAGGAAGACAGUACGAAAUUGCUCACAGAACCCCCCAGGGUGUUAUUAACAGCUUGCAGACAGAUCGUCGACUGCUUAAUUCAGAAUAUCCUCAGCCUUGAGGAGAACAAUCGAGAGCAGAACAGGGAGGAGAAGAAGGGCUCGUCACAGCGACUCGUUGCCUGCAUGACAACACUCUACCUCUUCGCCAAAAUUCGUCCACAACUUCUCGUCGCUCAUUCGUCAACCCUUCAACCUUACUUGAGCUUGAAAUGCAAUACGCAGGGAGAUUAUCAGAUAAUCAGCAGUGUUGCCCAUACACUUGAACUCGUUGUGCCACUUAUGGAGCAUCCAAGUGAGACAUUCUUGGCGCAGCUGGAGGAGGACUCUGUGAAAUUAAUUCUUCAACACGAUAAAUCAGUCGUUGCAAGCUGCCUAUCGUGCCUGGGCUCGAUCGUAAAUAACGUCACGAGAAACUUCAAGCUCAUUCGCGAUUGCUUUCUGCAGUACUACGGACACUUGGAGCAGUACAAAAAUUACUAUCAGAAAGAUCCCUCGCAUCCUUGGCUCAUAAAGAGUCGACCGUACUUCCGACGUGCCUUGUUCACCGUUGGACUACUCCUACGACACUUUGACUUCACUGACCCGGAGGUCAUCGACGGUCUCCCCGAGAAUAUCAAGGACCAAGUUUUCGAAACGCUGAAUUACUUUGUUCAUUUGGAUAACAAUGACAUCAGACAUUUCACGCUGUCGGCGAUUGGCUCCUUGUGCAUCAGGCACUACGAGUUCAUGAUGACCCCAGAGCUGAAAGAACUCUAUCACUACCUUUUGACCUCCGAUCACGCACUCGUGGCGAUGAAGACUCAGGUGCUCAAUAACAUCGAGAUUUAUCUUCAGGAGGAGGAGAAGAGGAUGAUAAAGCAGGACCAGGAGUGGGCGAAAUUAUCUAAGCAAGAGAAUCUCAAGGAGAUGGGAGAUGUCUCCUCUGGAAUGGCAAGCACCGUGAUACAGCUGUAUCUCAAAGAGAUUCUCGAGUCGUUUCUCCACUCCAACGUGAAUGUUCGUCAUGCUGCACUGAAGGUGAUUCAACUAAUUCUCGCCCAGGGUCUCGUUCAUCCCGUUCAGAUCGUCCCCUACCUCAUCUGCAUGAGCACAGACUGUGAAAAGAGUGUGAGCCACAGUGCAGACAAGCAACUUCAAGAAAUUGAGAAGAAAUAUCCUGGCUUUAUCCACAUGAAGUCACAAUCAGGAAUAAAACUCAGCUAUCGAUUGCAGAAGAUCCUUCAGAACGAUGUUGUAGUGAGAGGAAUGAGGCAGAAAGAGGGAGAGCUCCCUGGGGCGCUCAAUGGCUUUCUCUACACCAUCCUGAGGAGUACGAAGCAACAGAGGAGAGCCAUUGUCUUAUCCUUCCUAAAACAAUUCGACGAAUCUGCCAAAUCGAGCUUAUCCCAGAUGCUUUAUCUCGCCGAUAAUCUGGCCUACUUCACAUAUCAGGUGCAGGACGAACCUCUCUUCAUUAUUCAUCACAUCGAUGUUAUUAUUUCAAUGUCAGGGAUGAACUUGCUGCAAUCCUUCAAGGAGGCGUUACUACCUAAAGAGCCAAGUUCUGAUAAUCAAAUGCCUCAGGUACAGCCGAUGAUCUAUGGGCCUGAUGGCCAGCCCAUACCAGCUCAGAUACUUCCAGCAAUCGAGGAUGAAGAGGAGGACGAGGAGGAUGACGAGGCCAUCCUGGCACGAUUGCCUGAGGAUACGAUGCUACUGAGGGAGUAUAUCACAGCUAGUCAGGGAUUUCUGCUGCUCCUCACUCUCAGGCAACAUCUCAAGGAGGUUUACGGAUUUUCGGACGCCAAAAUAAGCCAGUACUCACCGUCAGAAUCUGCCAAAGUCUAUGAGAAGGCUGUUACGAGGAAGAGCAACAUGCAGUUCAAACCAAAAGCGACCUUAGCUAAGUUGAAGGAGGGCGUCAGUAAUGAGGAGCUUGACGACAGUGGAAGGAAGAAAUUGGUCGCUGAGUAUUUGGACUUCAGACAGCUCAUUCUCAAGUUCGAUCCUGAGGAGCCCGAGGAGGACGAGGGAGACGAUGGGGUGAUGAAGAACGUCGACCCGAUGACUGCUAGGGUCAAUCAUUUGGAAAUCAAUGCUGUGAGGUCUGGCAUGGGGGGAGGGGGUGAUCCCUUGCAACAUUCGAAUUCAGAAUUACCUAAUAAUUCUGUGAAUUUUAUUCCUGCACCAACGACACCACGUGUACCAAAAUUAACGAUACACGCGCAUCCUGAGACUAAUAAGGAGCAUCGGAAGAGUAGAACGCACAAAACUGACAAAGUGAAAAAACAUAAGAAGAAAAAACGGAGAAGGAACUCUGAUAGUAGUGAUAGCGGUGAUGACUGUGAGGAUCCGGACUAUACGAUGUAAGUGGUGAGAGUGAGUGUAUUUCAAUUUGUUUUUGUGAAACAGGGAGGAAGAGGACGUUGAGAAUGGUAAACAAAUAUUUGAAUGAGAUAGAAUAAAAGCGACUUUUUCACCCCCCAUCGAUUUCUAGUGCUUUCGAAUUAAACACUUGGACAACUACUUGUGUACAGAUUAGUGAUAAUUGUGGGGAUUGGAGGGGGAGUUACUGAAAAGACACGGACUAUGUUAUAUAAAUCUGCAAUAGGAGUGAGAUACUUUGUAAUAUUCGAGUGAAUCUGAGGAAAAGUAUGUUAUGAGUGGAUUCAUUUUAACUGGUAAUGGAACUUGGUUUAGCCAUGACGUUUUUCUUUACUACUUUAAAUUAUUUAUGGAACAUUGAUCAGCUUUCAGCAGAAGUUACCGAGGGGUCCAGUUUAAAUUGCCUUUGGUUUUUGUUGGUGGUUUUUUUCGUAGUUUUUGGACUGAUUUCAAUUGUCCAUUACACAAAAUCGUCAGGGUUCAAUUCGCUUUUUCAAAUUCAAAACAGUACGACGUUGAUUGUCAAUGGCUGACCCUCACGUUUUUUGGAAAUUGAUCUAAGAAAACUCUCUCGAUUUUUUCUUUGUUUUUUACGUUUUUUUUUCAUCGGCUGCUAUUCAGCUCGAAAAAUUUGACGUGUCAUAAAUCAAAAUCGGAUGAAUAGAACUAGAGUUAUUGAAAAAAAUCGAAAAACAACGAAAAAACCAUAUUUUCGAAAUGGGCUGUUUAAAAAAUCUGAAAAAAUUGAGAGAUAGCUUUUCUAAUCUCCCAAUCGUAAAAAAUAUCCAGAUCAUUUCCAAGCGGCUGAGGGUUAACCGUUGACUCAUUUGACGUGGAAUACCUAGUUUCGAAUUUAUUGAAUAUUAAAAAUGCGUCAUUUUUACCUUAUUUCCUAGCAUCUUCGAACAAUUUCGGUGAAAUCAUUGGACUUUCUAUUCUGUACAUUACAUCCGGUGUUAUAGAAACUGAAAAAAACGGAGGACUGCACUCGAAAUAUUAAUCACAAUGAACAAAAAAAAAUUCAAAGUUUAUGAAGAAAUAUUAAAUUAUAAAAAGUAAUUUAGUAAACAUCUGUGUUGAUUCUGUGGAGGACCAGUGAGUAAAUUAUUAACUCGAUUCGAGAAACAAAAGUGAGUUCGUAAUCAUCAAUUCAAAAUUCAGCGAAUUUAUAUUCUAUUACGAUAUUUUUUUUUAUUAUAUUUGAAUUGAAAAACGCAGUAAGUUUGAGUAAUAAGAGAUGCGGAAUUUUGAAAUUUCAAUCAAACGAGGUAAAGGGACAAUGAGAAGACCAUUGAAAUUACUCCAAACAAUGCAAAGUGAAAAUAGUACAUAGUGAAAACAACGUCGGGAUUUAUAUACAAUAAUGUUGUUUGUAAUAUGUGUACAUAAUAGAGGAGGUAAAGAAAGGAAAUUAAUGCGAAUGGGAAUAUUAUUUUCUUACAAACUAUAUAGCGAUGACACAAGUACGAAAUGAAAUACUUAAUUUAUUUUCAUUUGUGAGAUUGAGAAUUUAUGAAGAUGUUCCCGUUGUCUCAGUAUAGUUUGAUAUUGCUGAAUAGUUAUUCAAGGGGAGCUACAGUUUUUUAAUUGAAAAUGUCUUUUAUACAAGAAUAUAAAUAAUAAUUGGUCUGGAAUACAGUAAACAUAUAAUUUUAAUGAGGUUCGGCAUGAGAACACUUUGUUUGUGACUAUUUUGAUGUCUUGAAAUUUAGUAUUUUUCGAAUAUCUAUUCGUACGAAUAUUUACAGUCAGCGUCAAUGAAACAUUUGAUACAAUACAAUUUCAUUUUACUGAAUUUUUGGGCUUUUCUCUUUACUGAUUUCGUCGUCUCACAAUGAUCUCGAAUUUAUUAUUGAUAAUUCAGAAUGAAACUGGAAGAUUGAUUAGGUAAAAUGAAUUAGUUGCAAAGUGGUGAAGUGCAUCAAGUCAAUUGAACUUCGAGUUCAGUUUUUAAUGAAUAUCUUCUGGUCUGAGGGAAAUGGUGAAGUUACCGAAGCAACUUUUUUAGAGAACAGUGUGACAACUUCACGAGAAUUUCACCAUUUCCCUCCAAUUUUGGAAUAUUCACCUCAAUCUCACCUCAUUACAAAAUUCAUUCGUUUUUGUUGCUGGUGUAAUUCUUUCAUUAUCCUUAUUCGUUGGCUUUUUGUGCAUAGAAAAUGUCCAUGCUAUAGUUGAAUAAGUCUAUAAAUAUGUAAUUAUCGGUUACUGGUGAAAAAAUUGUUCAAUGAAAAUUUUUAAAACAUUGCUACUAUGGAAAAACAAAACUUGACGAAAUGCAGUAAAAAAUACGUCAUGAUGAAUAUUAACUUCCACAUUACUACGAUUAUCUUCCUUCAUUUUAUGUACGCACACACUACAAUUUCUAUAUUUUAUCCGUAAUUUGUUUGCCCUUCAGUUAUAUUUUCACAAUUUAUUAUUAAUCUAACCAGAGUUAUAUUUCCAAUAAAAUUUGAAAGUUUUUUCGGGAAAAUUAUUAAAGAGAGAGAAUGUUUGCAUUCAAUGAGAGCAUGAUAAUGGGGUAGAAACUGGUG